ACUACAGAUCUCGUCAGACGUGACUCAAUGUUCGGCAAUGGAGCAGCGGAUGGUGCUUGGAGGCAUCGAAUGGCAUCCUAUAGGCCAAACUUCCAACCAGUUGAUCCUAUACCAUCCGCCUUCACAUGCCUUGUCCGUGCAACCUCAUCCAACCUCUUCAGCAGCAUCCUCAUCCCGUCCGCGGCCCCUACUUCUUCCCUAUAGGGCUGAUACAGAAAGCGAUGACCCCAUCGAGACUAUCCGAGCGACGUGCCCGUACUGCCAGCAGACGCUGCCCGAGCCAACUGCUGCUCUUUUCAACCAUUCGAGGUUCCAGCAUUUGCGGAGUGAUUCAGCUGGAUCGUCUAGCACUUUUCCUGGCGGCGAAGGAAAUACAGUGACUGGGGGAUACUUUCAAAUUCUGGAAAGAGCACAUGAAGGUUCAAGACCACCAUCUCCACGGUUGCGAGAGAAGAGCCCCAGUGUCACGCCACAGCCAGAAGUUUCAGACAGUGAUGAGCUGGAGGACUUACCGGGAAAGGGAUACUAUGAAAGGUUCUUUAGAGAAGAGUCAAGGCUAGGCAUAGGUGCUGAAGGAAGCGUUUACUUGGCUACUCAUGUCAUCGGCGGGAACGUUCUCGGAACAUAUGCAGUGAAAAAGAUUGCCGUAGGGACCAGCAAGUCUUACCUCGUCAGAAUGUUGAGAGAGGUCCGGCUUCUCGAGACACUAAGGCACCCGAAUAUCAUACCAUACCAUCAUGCCUGGAUAGAGCACACCAGAUUCUCCUCAUUCGGACCCCCAAUAAACGCCCUGCACGUCUUGAUGAUGUAUGCCACGGCUGGGAAUCUCGACUCGUUCCUCAUCACACGAUCUCACUCUUCGCAACCAUCUCGACCUGAUUUGACUGCGGGUGACAUUGCCGACUCCGAGUCUAUUGGACAGCUGCCUCGAGCGGAGCGAAUCAAAGCGUUUAAAAAGCGUCGCCAGAGUGGUAAUAAUCGCAAAAAGGAGGAGACCCGAGGAGUCUUGCUCCUAGGUCUCGAAGAGAUCCUCACGCUAUUUGGGGAUAUCGUCAAUGGUCUGGCGUUUUUGCAUGGCAGCUCUAUCCUGCACCUCGAUCUCAAGUGCAGCAAUGUUCUCCUUCACUGGGACGAUGGGAGAUUGAUACCAAAAGCCAUGCUGUCUGAUUUCGGCACCUCCGAGGAGAUGCUGCGCGGGAAGAGGGAACGAACGGGUCACACGGGUACAAUGGAGUAUAUGGCUCCUGAAACUUUGAUGAUCGAUGGUAAAGGGUCAUAUCGUCCUUCCGACUCUCACGCAGACAUGUGGUCGCUUGGAAUGAUCCUCCACAAGCUGCUAUUCUUGCAUCUUCCGUAUUCCGAUACAGAUGAUUUUGAACAACUCCAAGAGGAGAUCCUAGCCUACCAAGGCUUUAUGCCCUCCGCCGAAUUGAUCGAUUCAUGCAGGAGGCGACAUCUUCCGCGGGAUCUGCUCCUCGUGUUGUCCAGUCUGCUGAAUACUCUACCUGAAUCCAGGCCGUCAGCGGAAAAGGUCCGAGCCGGGAUACAGGGCCUAGUCAGUGACACUUCACGACCUGCACUGACACCUCAGACAUCGUCAUCGUCCUUGUCAAGCAGGCUAGGGGGCCUGGUGACGAGGUUCAAGGGACCCCGACGUUCCGAAUCUGAAACGAUGCAGAGGGAAGAUUCGACAGACCGGAAAUGGGAGACGGUAUCCCCCGUCAGAUCCAUGUUGGCGUUACCCAGUCCACCUCUGGAGAGCUCGAACAGGGUCUCUCCGUUCUUUGUCGAUAAACUUUACGAUCUGCGACGAUUCGCGUACAUUUACUUGUUUGUCAUCAAGAUGCUGUCAUUCAAGUACGGACUCUAUCCAGCGAGCACCCACUGGUUUUGGACAAAUUCGCUCCUCUGUUUCGAUAUCUUGACAUUUCAUACGGGUUCAUGGUCGUCCGAGAUGGUCUCGGACGCUGUUCAUCUGGCCUUACUCUUGUAUUGGUGGAUCAACGCCAAAGUGUGAUCGAAAGCCAGCUCUGAGUCUAUCACUUGCAAGACUUUUCGCGAUCCAGCAUUACCCCCCCCUUCAAUAACGUUGUAGCAUUCGCGGCACGUCCGGCGACUUGUAUUAUGUGAUGUACAUGGACU